CGAAGUCUGCACACUCCACUUCUCCGCCUACUCCUCGUCUGCACAUAUCAGAGAUUCUCGAGAGACAGACCCAGCUGGAGUAUCAGAAUUGGCGCACUCCAAUUCCUAAUUUCCCGCUAUCGAGCAGGGCUUUUGUUGUUUGGAGCUAGAGCUGAUUUGGAUCAAAACCCUCGAUAGAUCAAAAGGCAUUUGGUCACCGGAUUUAGGAAUUGCUCGGUGGUGACGUUGACGAAAUGGAAGACCCUGUCAAAGAGAUAGGUGGUAUUCUACGCGGAUUGUUGAAGAGGCCAACCUUUCAGCAGAUGGACGAAAUUCUGACAGAGAAUUUUACAGAGGAUGCGCAGUUCUACCAUCCCUAUGUCAAUGUCAACCCCGUCGCCGGGCUGACUGCAAUUAUCGCCCUCUACCAGUACGCCUUGCUUUUUGUCAACUAUCAAGAUGUCUUCAUUCAAGACAUUGUUUACGAUGCGGCCAAGAAUAUCCUAGCUGUUCGAAUGACCGUCGAGAUUAAGCCCUGGGUCUUGCUGUGGCGCACUGUAAAUCUUCGAUUUUUCACGGAGCUGCAGCUCGAAGACUCGACAAAUGAGGUGACAGGGAAAAGGGUCAAGAAGGUUAAAGUUCAAAGGGACUAUUUCAUCCGGUGGCCUCUACUUCAAGCUGUACCAAUCAUUGGAGACAUUUACGACUCUGACAAGUUGAGAUUCCUGAUCGGAGCCAUAACAAGUGCUUUCACGCGAACCGUCCAAGGAACCUAUCAAGCGAUUGUUCCAGAGAAACUAAAAGAUGCGUUAUUUGAAUUCUGGCGACAACAUCUUCAAGUACCUAUAGGUGAACAAUUUCAUGAUGCAGAAGUCAAAAUCCAGUAGCUUCUCAGGAAUCUAAAUUAUUAGAAGAUUCACUCUUGCUUUCUCAGCUUUAUACAAUGCUCAUGUAAAAUACGUAAAGAAUGUCUGUAAAGAGGGCAGAUUGCAACCGAAGUCGAUUGUUCUACCGAUUACAUGCUGUUUCAUUCCUCAUCAGCCUUGCGUACCUCUUUCAGUCACAUUUGACGCAGACCGUCGUCGCAAACCAUGUAUACCAUAGACCACCAUCCAACAUUUUUGUGCAUGACCAUAGAUAGAUAAGACGAGGUCGCUUGAUGAUACUUAUGUAAUAGCACUCGUUGCUGACCACGGCAGUUGCCAAACGCGAUAAAGUCUAAUGAGUCGUCUUCGUUUUUUGCGGCCACACAGCACUAUCAGUGGUGGGUAGAUUCAAACUGGUAUCACUUCU